GCCGUCCGGGGUGCAGCCGGCCCUACGAUGCAGGGCGGGGGUCCCCGGGGCGCUCCGAUCCAGGGUCCGAGCCACGGCGCAGACAGUGGGCAUAGCUCACCACCUGCAGUAGCCCCUCAGAGACGGCGGGUGACACGGAGACCAGGGUACAUGAGAAGCCCAGCCGGUCCUGGGAUCAGGUUCCUCUCUCCAGCAGUGGGCAUGCUACGCUCGAACUCAGCAGGGCUGACAGGCCAGGAGCCCCACCACUCACAGCCCAAGGCUGGACAGUGUGGCCUUGACCCCAGGAGCCACUGCCAAGCCCAAUUGGUGGGCAAGCCUUUUCUUAAGAGCUCCCUUGGCCCUGCUGUAGCCUCUGUGGGCCACAUGCAUCCAGCCCAGGGCUGUAUGAGAGAAAGGCCAGUGCACUUCGGGGUUCGUUCCAGGAAUGAGAGCAGACAAUCUGAGAGGCUGACUGGGCCAUGUAAGCCUGGGGACAGUGCGUGUUGGCAAGAAUUCUUAUCUUCAGACAGUGCUAAGUCUCUGGCUCCUGGUCUUCAUGUAUCCUGGAGCAAGGAAUCAAGGGGCCUGAAGACUGUGAAAUCUCUGGCACCAGUGGCAUUGAAUGGCCUCGCUGAUGUCCCAUCCCUUCCCGGCUUCCAAGACACCUUUACUUCCAGUUUCAGCUUCAUCCGACUCUCCCUCGGUGCUGCUGGAGAACGUGGAGAAGCAGAAGGUUGCCUGCCAUCCAGAGAGGCCGAACUCCAGCAUCAGAGCCCCCAAGAGAUGGCAGCUGAAGCAUCCGGCUCAGACACGCCUUACGGGGACCCUCGGCAUCUCUGGACCUUCGGUCUUCAUGCUGCUCCAGGAUUGGUGGACUUGGCUCAGGUGACAAGGAACAGCAGGCAACCAGACUGUGGCAAGGUCUCCUCCUCAGAUGCUGGCUUCUCUUCCCAGGAUGCAUCCUCCGCUGGUGGGCGGGGCGACCAGGGCGGCUGGGCGGAUGACCAUGGAUGGCAUGCUUUGCUCAGGGAAUGGGAGCCCAUGCUGCAGGACUAUCUACUGAGCAGCCGCAGGCAGCUAGAGGUCACUUCUUUAAUUUUAAAGCUUCAGAAACUUCAAGAAAAAGCAGUCGAAGAUGGCGACUACGAUACUGCAGAGACAUUGAGACAGAGAUUGGAAGACCUGGAACAGGAGAAAGGCUGCCUGCCCUGGGCUCUACCUUCACAGCAACCUGCUCUUCGAAGCUUCUUGGGUUACCUGGCAGCACAGACACGGGUGGCCUUGCAUGGAGCCACCCAAAGGGCUGGUGGCGAUGAUCCAGAAGCUACACUUGGACAGCCGAGGACCACCGCCCAGGAUAGCCUGCCUAUAUCUGUCACCAGACGGGACUGGCUUAUUCAAGAGAAACAGCAAUUGCAGAAGGAAAUCGAAGCUCUCCAAGCAAGGAUGUCUGUGCUGGAGGCAAAGGAACAGCAGCUGAACGAAGAGUUGGAGGAGCAGGAGACACUGCUCCAGUGGCAGGGCUGUGACCAGAUGGCACUGGUGGCCCAGCUGUCCCCAGGCCAGCUGCAGGAGGUCAGCAGGGCCUUGGGAGAGACCCUGACCUCCGCCAGCCAGGCUUCCUUCCAUGUGGAGCCGCCUGAAACCCUCAGGAGCCUCCGGGAAAGGACAAAAUCACUGAACCUGGCUGUCAGAGAACUCACUGCGCAGGUGUGCUCAGGUGAGAAGCUGUGCAGCUCUCUGAGGAGGAGACUCAGUGACCUUGACAGCAGGCUGCCUGCCCUGCUGGAAGCCAAGAUGCUGGCCUUAUCAGGAAGCUGCUUCUCUACAGCCAAGGAGCUCACGGAGGAGGUUUGGGCCUUGUCGUCAGAGCGGGAAGGGCUAGAGACACUCCUGGACAGGCUGUUGACACUCAGUUCCCGGAAUGUCAGAAGACUGGGCAGCGUCAAAGAGGAUUACCUCAGGUGCAGGCAGGACCUGGUACUCCAGGAAGCCGCCCACAAGACAUGCGUGAAGGCUAACACUGUGAAGUGCAUGGAAGUGUUGGAAGGUCAGCUGAGCAGCUGCAGGUGCCCGGUGCUCAGGAGAGUGUGGCAAGCAGACUUGGAGGCUUGUCAGUUGCUGAUGCAGAGCCUGCAGCUUCAGGAAGCAGGCAGCACUCCACAUGCGGGAGAUGAGAAGCAGGUGCACAGCACAGGAGAGGCCUCCCAGACAGCUGCCCUGGCUGUUCCUCGAACACCCCACCCUGAAGAGGAAAAGUCCCCCUUGCAGGUGCUCCAUGAGUGGAAUACUCGCUCAGCUCCCUCACCACACUGUGCUGCAGGCCCACGGAAAGAGGAAUCUCACGUCAUUUCUGCUGAAGUUGGAGAAAAGUGUGAAGCCAUAGGCGUGAGGCUCCUGCACCUGGAAGAUCAGCUUCACAAGGCCAUGCACAGUCACGACGAAGCCCUCUUUCAGUCUCUCCAGGGGGAGCUCCAGAUGGUGAAGGAAACACUACAGGCCAUGAUCCUGCAGCUCCAGCCAACAAAGGAGGCAGAAGGAGAGGUCUCAGCUUCCUGUUCGACAGCUGGCACUCAGGAAGCUGAGGCCUGAGGU